CGCGGUCGGCUCACCUGGACGUCGAACGUCUAGCAUUCCACCAGCCUAUUCUCAAGACACUGUACUAGUUUUCUCUUCCAUUUCAUUCGUCUCUCCACCGCUGCGCGGCAAGUUUCUACAGUCCAGACUAAUCUCCGCUCACUUGUUAUUCUCAAGUCAGCCAUGGCACCAUUCACCUACUUGACUCUCGUCCUUGCCCUCGUCAGCUCCGCCCUCGCCGCUCCCACCCCUGCUUCAUCCGAAACGCUACUUGAGAAACGCAUAACGCACUCGGGACGUGGCACGUUCUUCGAGGUCGGCCUGGGAGCAUGCGGCAAGGUCAACAAGGAUAGUGAUCACAUCGUCGCCAUCUCAUCCUCAAUCUUCGGCUCCGGUGGGAACUGUGAACAGUUCAUGCAGAUUAAGAACAACAAGAACGGCAAAACGGCGUUCGGUCUUGUCCGGGACGAGUGCCCUGGUUGUGGCGCUGGAGACAUAGAUAUGAGUCCUUCGCUCUUUCGGGCCCUCGGCGCAUCGCUGGAUGAGGGUGUACUUGACGUUUCAUGGCAUUUCGAGAAGAAAGGCUUCAAGCCCUGAGACUGCCGCUACGUGAUGACAUUUAGGAAGGAAAAGGGGUUAAUUAUGCAGUAUCACGAUCUUGUAUGACUUGUUGGCACGAUUUUCGGGUGAAUGCUACACGUUUACGUUCAAC